AUGGAUACCUGUUUGCACACCGUAUGCCUGUUGGCGGUCGCCUUCCUAUGGGUACCGGCGCUGAGGGCUGACGACACGACCAGUGAUGCCUCAUUUACGGACAUCGGGUCGGACACCACUCUGACAGGCAGUGCCGACAGCACCGGCUUAUGUGGACUCAAAAAGAUCGUACGAACACCCAAAAUCAUCAAUGGCAAAGACGCGUACCAUGGUCAGUACCCGUGGGCUGUGUCGCUGCGCCUACACCGGCGACACCACUGCGGCGGUGCUCUCAUCGACCACCAGUGGGUGCUCACAGCCGCCCACUGUGUCGCCCAAAUCAGUCACCGCGUGUUUACCGUCAAACUCGGCGGUCAUUACCGUAACACCGAAUACGAGGUGACGUCGGUUGAGGUGCCCGUCAGCCGUGUGGUGCCUCACGAGGGCUUCAGUUUCAGCUCGUUUGCCAACGACAUAGCGCUGGUCAAGUUGGCCAAGAGUGUCGACUAUAGCAACUACGUGUGGCCCGUAUGCCUGCCCACCACCGACGCCGUUGAUUACGCUAAUAGUACGGGUGUUGUGAUCGGUUGGGGCAAGAUUUCCACCGCCGGUGUGUCGGCCUCCAGCCUACAGCAGGUGGAGCUCCCUAUCAUCGAUAAUCCCAAGUGUAUCAAGUGGUACGAGUCCCAGGGCAAAGUGAUCCCGAUCAGGUCGAGUCAAUUCUGCGCGGGUCUGGAGGAGGGAGGAAAGGACGCGUGUCAGGGAGACUCCGGGUCGCCGAUGAUGCGCGUGGACUCGACCAAUGGCCAGGCGAUGGCCAUCGGUAUUGUGUCGGCUGGUAUUGGUUGCGCUCUACCCAAACUGCCCGGAUUGUACACUCGGGUGGCCUCCUAUUUGCCGUGGCUUCAGAAAGUGAUGGCCACAACACCCAGUGUAGAGAAACUGCCACCAAUUGUGCCCGAUGUGAGCAAAAUAUUCAAUAUAACGGCGCCCAUACAUACGGUGCCGGCAGGCAAUGGCAGCGUUAUUAUCAUAACCCAAGUGCUGCAUAAUCUUACUCACAUCAGACCGCCCACCACUACCACAUCCGCACCGUACUAUGUGUGUAAUAAUAUGUUCCGUUGCCUACAAAUAAUGGCCAAAGUGUGGUCACAACCGCUUCACCCGAAGUGCACCGAAGAGGCAAUGAUAACAAGAAUGCAAUGCAUUGCGGAUCUCAUAAUCGUAUUAUUAUGUGUCGUAAUCGGCGUAUACGUAGCCAUCAAUGGCCGCGCGUUUACACCACCGCCCAAUUGGUUGACGACUAUCACCGCAUGGAUGGGUGUUUGCGGUUACCUUUGCUUCAAUAUAUAUGUCAUAAACAAUAUGACCAGUAAUUACAGCCGUAUUAUAUCGGAUCAGUGGACGUACUGGUGGUCGGACAGGAAAUAUAUGGAUAUAAUGUGGUGGCCUAAACUCGAGGCUUGUUUUAUGUGCGCAAACAUUAUCCGCUGUUCAGCAUGUACAGGUGUUGUGAUCGGUUGGGGCAAGAUUUCCACCGCCGGUGUGUCGGCCUCCAGCCUACAGCAGGUGGAGCUCUCGAUCAUCGAUAACCCCAAGUGUAUCAAGUGGUACGAGUCUCAGGGCAAAGUGAUCCCGAUCAGGUCGAGCCAAUUCUGCGCGGGUCUGGAAGAGGGAGGAAAGGACGCGUGUCAGGGAGACUCCGGGUCGCCGAUGAUGCGCGUGGACUCGACCAAUGGCCAGGCGAUGGCCAUCGGUAUUGUGUCGGCCGGUAUCGGCUGCGCUCUACCCAAACUGCCCGGACUGUACACUCGGGUGGCCUCCUAUUUGCCGUGGCUUCAGAAAGUGAUGGCCACAACACCCGCUGUAGAGAAACUGCCACCACUUGUGCCCGAUGUGAGCAAAAUAUUCAAUAUAACGGCGCCAAUACAUACGGUGCCGGCCGGCAAUGGCAGCGUCAUUAUUAUCACAUAA